GUUAUGGCCCCCCUUUGCGCUGCAACGGUGGGAUGUUUAUUUUCCGAGAAUGGUCUUGUGCCAGAAUUACCAUUUGCCCGUGAAGGAUGCGGCACACCAUUUGGGCCAAUGUGGCUACUUGAACCAGCACGCCGUGGGGCUAAACCCCUUCAGGCUGACUGAAGUCCACGUGCGCAGACUCCGCAGCCCAUCUGAUUCCUGCGCAAAACCCCUUGCAAGUGGUGUGGGCACAGUUGGCCCAUGGUCUUCAGAGGCAGCGUCCCCCGGGCGAAUGAAUGCGAGAGCGUUAGCAUCUUCCUUGGCGAUUUGCAUAGAGACCUCCUGGAGGUGGAACUGUUGCGGAGCUCGGACUCAGAGCUUUCUUCCGGCGCAGCGUCUCUCGCCUUUUGAACAGUGCGGCGAGCUUUUUGAAAGUUUGGAGCACGGCGCACGGGUGACGGCCUCGCCAUGCAAUGAGUCGCAUUUGCCUUCCAGACUUGGUGUCACGGAGGAGGCGUCGGCCUCCGGUUGGUCGGAGGGCUCCGAGGGGAUCUUGAAUGUCCUGCUACAGCCGAGAGCUGAUCCCCAGGCAGCUUGUGAGGUGUUGACCGAGCGAGCCAAGGCCCUUGAGGUGCUUUUGCUCUAUCAGGAGGGCCUCUACGAGUGGUUGCCGCCAUUUCGCUGGCUGCUGGCUGAGGUCCUACCGGCCAUGAAGGUUCCGUUGCAUCUACGGCAGUUCAAGGUCAGCAACGCCACCAAGCCAGAAGCACUGCCGGUCUACGCAGCGGCUCUCGUCGUGGUCGUGGCGUACCACAAGGUGAACCAUUUUGACUUCGCCGCGUAUGCCGCCUACGCCCGGACUCGCGGAGCCGACCUGCUGGGGCUCCUCCACUUGGGCCAUGAGGUGCAGUGGGAGACCAACGACCAGGCGGAGGACCUGCUCUCCUGGGGCACCAGGCGAGCGGACGGGGCGCGAGCGCGGCGGAAACGGGAUCUUGCCCACUACUUCGAGGACUACAGGCAGUUCGACUUUGUGCUGCGGCAGCACUUCUCCUUGGCCUAUGCGAACAGCAGCUUGUACCUUCCCUUGGGCCCUGGUUGGGGCUGGGUGCUGAAGCCUCGGCGCUUGCUCAAGGCCUCCCGGCGCACGAAUCUCUGCCUCACCGCGCUGUGGAGGCCUCUGGACUUCGAGUAUCACUGGGACCGGGGGGAGCUCUUGGAGCUGCUGACAAAAGACACACGCCUUUGCAACAUCACGGGAAAGUGGGUGACGGCCUACGAUGAGCAGCUCAUGAAUUCGGCGCUGUCCUUGUGUCCCUUCGGGAGCUCCCCUGAGACCUACCGACUCUGGGAAUCUGUGCUCUCAGGCGCUGUGGUUGUUAUGACCCGGGCCACCUUCGUCACUGCGAUGCGAGCGCCUUUCAUCCUGCUCAACAGCUGGCACGAGCUGCCGUCACUGCUGCAGAAGCUGCGCAGUCGUCCAGAUCUGUUGGACCAGCUCCAAGAGCAGCAGAGCAAAUGGUUCAAUGCCUACAUGCAGUCGCUCCGUCACCAGCUGAAGGCACUUGGCAACUUGGUGCUGCCAAGCCUGGGCCUUUCCUCAAGAGAACCUCUCGGAAAAGGCCACGGAGCCCGGGGCGACGGUGACUCGGACCACGCCGCAACUGUGCUGCUCCACGAGGAGGACCAACUUCAGGCGGUCCAGCUGACAGAGCGCGACGCUCGCCGAGCGCCGGACCUCUGCGAGCAGCGUCGCGCGCGAAGCGCCGACGGCGGCAGCAGCCAGCUGAGCCAGCUGCUGACAGGGCACAAAGUCGCCAUGGAACACCGCGAGUGCAUCAACAUCCUCCGGCACAUGAAGGAAGCUCAAGUGGAAGCAGACGACAUCUCCCGCAACGCCUUGGCCUUCGCCUGUGCCUGGCCCUUGGCGCUGGACUUGGCCGCCAGCGACGCGGUGGGCCUCGGCACCAAAGUGGCCGCCUGCGAGGCCACGGCCCAAUGGCAGCUGACUCUGGAGCUCCUGAGGAGUUCGGCCCAGCGGAGGGUGCUGCCCAACCGGAUCGUGUGCAAUGCAGCGAUCACCGUUUGUGGCAGCUGCAGCCGCUGGCAGCACGCGCUGGCGCUGCUGCGUGCGAUGGAUGGCCGCCGCCUUCGGGCCGAGGUGGCAGACUUCAACGCCUCGAUGCAGGCGCUCGGAGGUGAGGCCUGGGGCCGGUGCCUGCGGCUCUUGGAGGAGGUGCUGCAGAGAAGGUUGCUGCCGAGCAGCGUGACACUCCAAACGGCGGUCAGCGUCUGCCAAGGCGAGUGGCGGAGGGCGCUUCAGCUCGCCGAGUCUUCGCCGUUCCCAUCAGCCAGCGCUCCCAGCGAAGCCCCGUGGCCGUGGCAGCUGGCGAUGCUGGAUGAAAUGCGUGCUGGAGCUGGCCAGGAGCUGGGCCCGGCGCGGCGCAGCGCCUUCGCCAAGAGCUGGCGGCGUGCAGUGGCCUCGCUGCAGGGAGAGACCACCGUGGGCUUCAACGCAGCACUGGCCGCCUGCAGGCAGCGAGGCAAGUGGCAGGCGGGGCUGCAGCUCUUCAACGCCAUGCGCUGCGUGGCUUUGGAGCCCUCCGACAUCACCUUCCUUACCGCCAUCAGCAUUUGCGAAGCUGCCCCGCACAUCAGCGACCAAUGGCCCACGGCCCUGGAGUUCCUUAGCUUCCGCACCGAACGCUUCGGCACGGCCGACUCCGGUGCUUUCAACAGUGCCAUUAACGCAUGCGAGAAAGCGGGCCAGUGGCAGGCGGCCCUUUGGCUUUUGGCAUCCAUGGAGGCAGCGCGGCUCGCGGACGAGAUCAGUUACAACGCUGGCAUCAGCGCGUGCUCCAAGGGAAGCCAGUGGGAGACGGCCCUUGCCUUGCUCGCCACCAUGCCUUACGUCGAAAUUCAACCCACAGUCAUCACCCUCAACUCCGCCACCACAGCCUGCGAGAAAGCCGGCUGCUGGCAACACGCCCUCGCGCUUCUCCUGGCUGCUGGCAGCUUGGCAGACGCGGUCUCCUGGAGUGCCGCCAUCAGCGCCUGCGAAAAGGCCGGGCAGUGGCUGCAAGCCCUUGAGCUCUUGGCAGCCAUGACGGUUUCGCCCAACGUCAUCACACACAACGCAGCCAUCAGCGCCUGCGAGAAGGGCCGGCAGUGGCCACGAGCGCUGCAUCUCUUGGUGGCCAUGCGCUCGGCUGGCUGCCCGCAGGACCACAUCAGCUUUUGCGCUGCAGUGAGCGCAUGUGAGAAGACCGGGCAGUGGUGCCAGAUCUUGUCAGCAGUGAGCUCCAUGCAGGCUCGCUCGUUCAGUCCCAAUCGCAUCAUCCACAACGCAGCGGUAGGAGCCUGUGAAAAAGGUCCUAUCCCUGCCUAUUUGAAGGGCCUGCGCCUUAUUGCCUCCGCAUAG